UGAAAAUGCCUAAGAACAUUAAUUAUGGUCAGUUGAAUGUAUUAUGCCACCUUAGAGGAAAGCAUGUCCACUGGAGUUCUCACAGAAUGUCAACAACUCACAAUGCAUUUAUGGCACAAUAUCCUAAAAUAUUCCAGCACAAAAAACCUAGAUUGCCUAAAAUUCCCAAACAGGAAGAACAAAGAGAGCCUAGUAAAGAGACAGGAGUAAGUCAACAGCAACUUGAUGAUUCUCAUAAUAUAGCUGUCCAUGUUAAAAAAGCACGUGGUGGCCCUACUUUAUAUGGACAAAAAGACUCUACAGAGAUGUUCCCAGAAUUUCUAGAUAUUGUAAGGAAACUACCCGUUGAAAGAACAACACAUGAACACAACAUUGUGUGGAAGAUGCUGAAGACAAUUCCAGAUCUAACCGCUCAGCUAAGUGAUAAGCAUCUGAGGAUACUUAGUAAAAAUGUCAUCUCUGAAACCUGGAUCAAAGGCAGCACAGUGGAUGGAAAUGAUGGAUUUUAUAUAAUUCUGAAAGGCCAAGUUCGACCUCGCAUAAAGGUGUUAAAAAACCUGUUUGAAGAAAGUGAAUUCACAACCUCUUUGCCAUCUCACAGCAGCUUUAUUUUUGAUAAAGACUUUGAAAACUCUGCACUUUCUGUGUUAUACAUACCUUCACCUAAUUUAGUGCUGGGACAAUUGAGUACUUUUGGAUCACUGGAAGUUACACCUGAGAAGGAAUUAGAAAUACAGUCAGUGGUGACAGAAGACAAUUGUGAAAUUCUUAAAAUCCCUGCAAAGGAAUAUGCGAAGUUAAAAUUGGAAAAAAUAAAAUGUGAAAAAACACAAAAGUUGAAAUUAAUCCAUAAGUGUCCUUAUUAUAAGGAGUGGCCUACUUUAUCCAUAUAUGAGCUAAUUCCACUACUUAAAUGGAAAAAAUUUCCUCCAGGUCAUGUAAUAGUGCAAAGUGGAAAUAUAAUUUCUUUCGUGGCUUAUAUUCAUUCUGGAUACUGUAACAUUUAUAGAAGUAUUAUUGGACUUGUGAAACUACAAGCAAACAAAGCGAAAAAAGUUCGAAAACUUGUUUAUAUGGGUACACUGAAGGAAAAUGAGUCAUUUGGUGAGAUCAGUGUUCUUCUCCAAGUUCCUUUCCUUUGCACAGUCAUUUCUGGAACAGAGGUGGAGAUGGCAAUAAUUGAGGACCAAGACAUAUUUGCAUUAGAUCAAGUGACCCAGCAACUUAUGAUCCAAACUGCUGAAACAACUUUUGGCCAUCUGACAGAUGAAGAUGUCAAAAAUGAAUAUCUGAAGAAGGCAAAACAAAAGGAAUGGAACGAGUUCAAGGUUCUUUUUUUCCCCUCCGUUUGAGUCUGAAGCUGCUGUGAAGAUAAAAUGACA